AUGAGGGUACUCGACGUUGGUACGAAGAAUACAAUAUGGCUUUGGUUCCUCCACAUUGCUGUACUUGCAGUAAUGGCAUCUACUUCUACUACGCCAGAAACCAAAGGGCGACCCGCGAAUGUCUCUGAGUUCUUGCAGAGCACGCUUGCUAAGGCCUUUCCUAGUGGUGUCACAAGGGCGACAAUUGUGAAGUACUUGAUAUUAAGGGUUUUUAAGUUGCAUUCUUCACUUGCAUCCUUGGCCUUUUUGCCAGUGGCAAAUGCUGGGUCAAGGAUGUUCUGAAGAAUGUAAUGCUGCAACCUCUAAUGAUACUGGUGAACGUGGCAACGUUUGUGCUGUUCGCGUUCGACAAGGUUGCUGCGUAUGUAUGUGGGCGAUGGUGCUGCGGGAAGAACAGAAAGACGUCGACUUCGAAGGAGUCUUUGGGUCGACUCCAGAAGCUACUCGAUAAGCUGCUGUUUGAGGAAACGGCUUACAUUUAUGAACUGUGAAGAGUGCUGGCCCACUGGGAAGAUAGACAUUGAUGUAAAAACCAGGGAGUCUCCCUGUAUAAGUACAAAGAUAGUAAUAAUCUCAACAGCACGUAUAAUUUUCUGUUAAUACUACGACGCAAGAUGGUUCUCCUCUAACAUGUGCGGAGAUUCACAAUACGUGUCGCGGAAAGCGUUUUGCUGACGUGUGCGUUGAUAGGCGGGUCACCAGCAAUGCUAAUCGGGAUCACUCUACUACGACACAAGUCAAAGAAACAGACUUUCUUGUUCCAGUUUUAUCUCAUCCUCUUCAUCCACUGUGUAAGUUUGGCCCUAUUUAUCUGGAGGAAAGAAGAGGCACUGGAACUGGCGGGUAAGGCUGGGGUCAAGAUAAAGGGUGAAAAAGUGAGUGGUACUUUACAAGGGGGCGGGGCGAAAAGUACAAGGACACUGUCAGAGCUAUGAUAAUGUUUGUUGCGAGAUGAAGGAUGUUGGCUUCACGAACGCAUAUCAGGGUAUAUACAAAAUGAACAAGAAGGUGGUUGAUUAAUCCUGUGGUGCCUCCGCUUUCCAAGAAGGUCUACUUGUUAAGAAGAUCUACUUGUUAAUUGUGAAGGGAAAUG